AUGCGCUCGACCCCUGCUCUGUUUUCAUUGGAAUCCCGGUCGAGGCUUUACAUUUUCCCGUAGCUCCAACCCUCAGUCCUCCGGCUGGCAGUAGCGAGGAAAAUUUCGCAUUUCCACCGACUUUCGACCGGCUACGCAAUUUCAUGUGGGAUGAUUAAGUAACCAUUUUUAGACCGAUUCCUAGCAAGCUAAAAGUGUUGUAAAAAAGAAUCCGUGUAGAUUUUUAGUGUCAGUGUGGUUUUUAUUAUAUUUAAUUCCAUAAAUGUUUUUUAAUUGACGAUUUGUGGCUGGGUGUACGAAUUCGUCAUUUUGGAGUAAUUCAUGCUGAAGAGGCUGUUAGUUGAAUAGGCGCCGGGAGCGCGUUCAGGCGCGAAUGGUGCGCAGAAAUGGGGGGGCCGCGGCGCAUGUCGAGUGCGCUGCUGUUGCCCUUCGCACUGCUGUCCCUGCCGCGGGCAGACACCACCAAUGCCACCAUUUAUCGGGAAGAACUAGAAUCCUCACUGCGUCUGGUGCAUGCCGUCGCAACGGGUGCCACCGGAGCAUUGUGCGUCACGCAGCGGUAUGGUCGCCUGCUAGCGCCGCUGCACGCUGCUCGUUGGGACUCGGCGAGAGCACGGGCGGAUCUGGCUGCAAAUCUGCUGCAUCAAUUAGGACUAGAAACUGCUGAGAUCCUCAUGGCGGUAUCGCAAGGUCUUGUGAUGGGGGCUAGUCCAACAGAACGCGCAGUGGGUGCACGCGCAUUGGCGCUACGGACUGAUGGAGUGGUAAACAGCGCAGUGGCAUGGGAGAGAUAUGGCACAGCAGACCCGGUAGCUGUAGUAUCACCACAAUUAGAAAAACCACCUGACCCUGACUUUCCAUGGUAUGUUUCAGCACAUAACAGUGAUACACUCCGAUCGUCCAAGUUCAUGCCGUCUCCACCUGGCGCAACUAUGGAGGGUUGGUGGACUUACCCAUAUUAUAGCUGCGAAGCGAAAAGAUGGCUGCUAUCAUAUACUGUGCCUGUUGCUACGAUUCGCGGUCUUAAAGGUGUCGUUUCACUCGAUAUAGAUAUAUCUAAUUUGGAAAUAAAUCAAUGCGAGGACUCCGAAGACGGCAGCGAUAACCAAAUAUACUCUUUUCAUGGAACCCACAAGUGCCCUAAUGAAACAACAUAUUGUGAAUAUAAGCCAAAUAGAGAUGUGGGCGUUCGUCACUCAGGGUGGGCGCGUGGGAUGUACAACUGCCGGUGUCGACCUGGAUAUUACUCCACAAAUCACCCUGAAGGAUUUAAUGGAUCCGUAGUCGAAGUUGCUUACCAAGAAUAUGAAGAAAGUCAUUUAGAAAAUUGGAACGAGCCAUAUGAAUGUUUAAAGUGCCAGCCGGGCUGCGAAACAUGUAGGGGUCCUGAGCCUUGUCUUGCCACUUAUAAUUGGCCAUUUCGGAUAUCUUUGCUGGUGAUCUCUGUGACCUGUGCAGUGAUGACAGUCUGCCUCACUAUAUAUACGCGUCAUCACCGCCGUGUGAAGGUGUUCCGUGUUGCAAGCCCUGUUUUCCUUUCUAUUACCCUCCUUGGAUGCGCAAUAAUGUAUAUGGAGAUGGCUGCUAUAUUUCCAGUAUUGGAUAGAUAUUCGUGUAUUGCUACAAAAUGGACUCGUCACAUGGGUUUCUGCAUUACAUACACUGCAUUGCUGAUGAAAACUUGGAGGGUCUCACUGACAUACCGUGUGAAAUCUGCUCAUAAACUUAAAUUAACAGACAAACAGCUACUACAAUGGAUGGCGCCUAUUUUACUCAUAAUGCUGGUAUAUCUUGGAACUUGGACACUAUCUUCACCACCAGAUGCUGAAGUUAUAACUGACAAUAGAGGACUAAAAUUCAAGCAAUGUACAUAUAACUGGUGGGAUCACAGUUUAGCAAUUGGUGAAAUUUUGUUCCUGUUAUGGGGUGUCCGAGUAUGCUAUCGUGUACGACACGCUGAGAGUUUAUACAACGAAGCAAAACUCAUCUCCAUUGCUAUAUAUAACAUAUUCACCGUAAACUCGUUGAUGAUAGCAUUCCAUUUACUAAUCCUGCCCCGGGCCGGACCAGAUAUAAAAUAUCUACUUGGUUUUAUUAGAACACAACUUUCAACUUCCACAACGGUGCUUCUUGUUUUCUUGCCGAAGGUAGUAAGAGUAGCGCGAGGUACCGGCGACACUUGGGACAGUAGAUCGCGGGCGCGAGGCCUACCUGCCGCCUCCUCUCUCAACGGCGUCGGCCUCGUUCCUGACGAGCCGCCCGACCUAUAUCAAGAGAACGAGGAGCUUAAGGAAGAAGUACAAAAGCUAGCAGCACAGAUAGAGUUCAUGAAGAUAGUCCAAAUGGAGAUGCACAAUAGGCACUUGCGGCCACGGCCAGGCGGCUACUUCACUGCGAACACCACUAGUGCGGGUGCACCACAGAGUCCUAUGCAUCCGAAGACUGUUAACAUUGCGCAGGAAAAUACAGAAUGGGCUGGGCCGGUGUGACUGGUGGCGGUUAGCGAAAGUGGUUGGUCGUGGCCGGGGCCCACUGCUGAACGAGUGCGGACUGCCAUUGAUCCUCGGCCCCCAACGUUUGUCUGACAACCAAUAUAGCUAUCGUUUUGUAGAUGCUUCAUAAACUUUACUUUAUGAUAUUUGUGUGCUAGUGCUAUUCAAGCUUGGAAGACAUUUAUCAGACCUGAUAUUUUAAUAUUUAUAUUUUAGUAUACACAAUUGUGGAAAUCAAAUACGAAUAGAGGUAAUGGUCAGACUCUGUAUGAGUUCAUUUUCUACCGCGUAUUACCUCUUAAAUGUUUAAUAAAUUUAUAUUCCAGAUAAAACUUUCUGUGAAUGUUAGCAAAGCAUAAAAUGUAGUAUAAAAUAAUAUGAGAUUAUAUUUUGUAUAUGUCAAAUAAUACUGGUAUGUUUACAUUUUUGUUAUAAUAAUGUAUUAAUUUUUCACUCAGAUGUUGACUAAAAGCAAAUUGAU